AUGGCUGCUGGUUUCAAAAAGGUUCAGCAGAUUUCAGCUUAUCGGAAGCAUAUGGAAAGACUGAGCAGUAAGAUUUUUGGUGACUAUGUUAAAAUAAGUCAUUUCAAGGAUAAGAGUGCUCUGCAUCUUCUGGAACGUUUGCCACUUGAAGAAAAUGAGUAUAAAGUCGAUUACUACAUUCCACAUCCCAUGUUUCAUUAUUUGGCGAAGAUGCUUCGAAUUCAUGGUUUGUUUCGUGACGAACACCAAGAUUUCCAAGAGGAGAUGCGAAGACUUGCUAUUCUUCGUGGCAAGAGCCCUCCAAAGUUUGGUCAAGGCAAAAUAUCUGCUCCAAAAAAGGAAACUAUAUGA